UUCCCGGGGUGGGGAAAGGGGGGAAGGGUAGGGACGAGUCCUGCGGGCGCAAGCUCAGUUUUACUCUCAGUCCCUAGAAGUCAGCCUGGUUGGGAAAGGCUAGCGACCCCGAGGACAGGAGCCGAGCGGGUCCGGAACGCUCCAUGAUGGGACCCCUCCUUCGCCUUCUCCGCCCGGGGCUGGCUUCCUACGUUCCUCGAAUAUUGGCAAAUGGACUGGGGACCCUUUCAACAGCUAAAAUAACAAACCAUUUGAAUGAUACUCAGCCAGAAGAAUCCAAAAAGCCUAUUGGUCGUUAUCCUGUUCCUUAUAAGAAGGAACUACCUUUUGAUAUAGUGGAGCUCAUGGAAGAAGUAGAAAAAAAGACUGGAUUUUUACCAAACAUCUUUAAAGUGUUAGCACAUCGUCCAGGGGAAUUCAGAGCUUUUUUUGCUUACUACAAUGCCAUCAUCAACAAAGAAACAGGACGUCUCAGCAAGGCUGAUAAAGAACUCAUCAUCGUAGCCACAAGUGCUAGUAAUAGGUGUCCCUACUGUGUAAUUGCCCAUAGUGCUGUGCACAGAAUAUAUUCCAAAAAUGACAUUCUGGCCGAUCAGGUCAUCGUCAAUUGGAAAAAGGCGGACUUAUCACCUCGAGAGUUAGCUAUGCUAGAAUUUGCCCUUGCUGUUAGUCGGGCUGAUGACAUAACAGAAGAACAUUUUAAAAAGCUGGAAUUGCAGGGUUUUGAUCGAGAAGAUGCUUGGGACAUAGCUUCCAUUUCUGCUUUCUUUUGCAUGUCUAACCGUAUUGCUCAUUUUAUUGACCUGAUACCCAACAAAGAAUUUUAUUCAUUGGGUAGAACAAAUGGUCAAGAUCUGUAAAAGCAUGUCCACCACAGAGACACCAUAAAAUGUGUGUAUUUAUUUUAUUUGUGCAAAUUAUUUUAUGCCUAUUAAUAGGUUUCCCCUUAAUAUUUAGUCUAUAUAUACAUUGGGAAAAAACUAAUUUGCUGUUCUACCUGGUAAUGCCGCUUUUGCUAAGUUCAUCACAGUUAAAGGUAAUUGUUGAAACUUGAUGAAAUUUAGCACUUGUGUAAGCAUUGAUAAUUGAUAAUUCAGAAGGCCAUUUAUCUAUAAAGGAAGCUAUCCUCCAUAUUUUUAAUAUGAAAAUAAAUUACUUUCAUUUCCAACUAUCCUUCCCACUUUCCUCUUUACAUAACAUUCCCUUAUAAAAAAAAAGAUUUAAAAAGAAUAAUAACAUUCCAGCAACCCCAGUACAUUGACUCAGUCUGAUGGUAUAUGCAACAUUCCACAUCUGUAAUCUCCAACCUCUUCUAUGAAGGGAGGGAGGCACAUUUUUCUGAACUCCUUUCUGGAGCUAAGCUUGGAUUGACAUUGCUGUCAUUAUGCACAUUACUGAUUCUGCUGCCUUCAUUCAUAAGUCUUCCUAGGUUUCUCUUGAAUUCUUCACUUUUUUUGGUGGUGCACUAAUAUUCCAUUACGUUCAUGCGCUACAAUAUAUUGAGCCAUUUCCCAAUGAUUGUGUUGGCACACUGUUGCUUUUAGAUGAUCUAAAAAGAGCAUUUGGAGGAAAGGGAAGCAGAGAUGAGACUCAGGGAAAUUCUAAGAAUUGAUGACCAACUAUAUUGGAUUAGCCAUUUUAAUUUAAAACCUUAGGGUUUAAGAUUUUGUUGUUCUGGGGGCAGCUAGGUGGCACAGUGGAUAAAGCACUGGCCCUGGAUUCAGGAGUACCUGAGUUCAAAUCUGGCCUCAGACACUUGACACUUACUAGCUGUGUGACCCUGGGCAAGUCACUUAACCCCAAUUGCCCUGUCCAAAAAAAAAAAAUUCAUUGUUUUCCAACAACUGUUUUGUUGUUAGAUGAAAAAUGAGUCUGUUCAAAGUAUAAACAUGAUUUGAAGCUAAUUCUUCUCUGAAGUAUAUUAAGGGACUCUCAAAUGAAAUACAUGUCAGUAUGAGCAGACACAUUUUAUUGUAACACAGCCUAUUUUAUGAUACUUCCUCCUGUCUUUUUUUUUAAACCUUUAAAUGAGUACUUGAUGUGUAUUAAGUGUACUUGAGGUGUACUAGGUGCCUUCUAUCUCAGUUUAUCAACCUCCAGUGGCUUUUGCUAAUGGAUUGUGAAAUUAGUCAUUUAAAUAGGAUUUUGAUCCAUAAAUAACUAUUCUACUUUAGGUUUAAAUAAGAGUUGUGUGAGAGGUGUAGGAGCUCAUAUCAUAAGCCAAUGGGUACCCUCUUACUGAGUAAGGGCAGAAGAAAUACAAAACUUGAUAGCGAUUUCUUGUAUUGAAGCAAUUCUUUCAAGCUCUAUUUUACAGGGGAAUUGUUUCUAUGUAAUUCUGCUGUUUCUUCUUUACAUUUGUAUGGUACUCUGACUUUUUGAAGUGUUUUCACAGCUUUUAUGUGGUUAUAAGAAUUAUAUAAAGCCUACAUAGUAUUUUCUCUAGUCAUGUCUUUUCUCAAUAUUUUCUGAAUUAGUCAGUAAACAAAUCAUAAUGAACUUUAAGAGCUGAGAUAUAUUUAACUGUGAAAUAGGAUUGAGUCUGUGAAAAAAUAUCAAAUAUGAGGGAAUUGUUGACUGUACCUCAAAUACUGUACCUCAUGAAUAUAACCUUUUAAAGUAGGGUUAAUUUAAUUUCACAAAUAAAGUUAAUUAAAUCGA